GAGACGAUGACUACCCUUCUAGGCUGCGGGAGGAGCGGGAGCACGCCUCGCUGAUCCCGCAGGCCACUAUGGAGGUCCUGCGCAAAGGGCUGGCCGUGGGCGCUCUCCUGGGCGUGGGGGCUGGGGUGGGCGCCGCGCUCUUUGCCCUCGUGGCCCCGGGCGAGCAGAAGACACAAGCGAUACUCAAGGAGCUCCCGGAGCAGGACCCGCGGCGCAGGGCCGAGGCCGCCAGGACCAAGGAGCUGCUGCUGGCCACGCUGCAGCAGGCAGCGGCCACCCAGGAGAACGUGGCCUGGAGGAAGAACUGGAUGGAAGACGGCGGCGGCAGCAGGAGGUCGGCCUGAGCCCGGCCUGGCCCCGGGGACGCUGGUGCCUGCGCUUUGGGCCACCGUGGAGGGGUGUGGUGGCCAGGGCCUGAGCCCCCCCGAAGUCACUACAUUCGCAUUCGGGGGCCCGGCAGGGAGUGCGGACCCGGGGUGCUGCGCCCGGGCCGCUCCGGGGCCCCGGGAACUGCCAUCCAGCGAGCUUGCCCUCGGCCCUGCACUGCCUGCACGUCCAUUUCCGUCGCCAGGACGGGAUGGAAGCCGGGUUCGGAGGCGACGAAACCCAAACCAGUAAAUCACCUUCACUCAUCGACAGAAUGCGGCUUGGUCUCGAAAUGCCUAGGUAGCAUGGGGGUCGGUGCUUUUUGGGAAAGUGGCAUUACGGUCUCUGGGUGCGGCUGAAGCCCAAUGGGCGUGGACCUGCUUUUCAAGCCGCCAGGUAGUCCAGCUGCCUCCGUCUGCAAGGCAAGUUACCCAGGGGCCUUCUUGAAAACCGAGGAUCUGGAAAACGGUUGUAUCGGGGAGACCUCUGGGUUCCUCCAGCCCUAGAAGAGGUUUCCAAAGGGGCAUCGAGCUCUUGUACCACGAUGCCCUCUGGCAUUUGACCUCUGGUUAAACUAAGUUGACUUAGCCAGGCAGUAGUGAGGAUGUUUUUUGUUAUUUUUUACCCCCUGCAAGCUAUAAAACUAAGUUGGGGGUUUAUUAUUGUAAAAGUUAACUUGAAAAUAAAAGUAGUAAAAAAUAAA